UGUCAAAUCAACGUGUCAAACUUUUGGUGCAGUAUACAUAGUAUUUUAGAUUAAUUUUUAGAUAGUUAUAAAUAAAAACGAUCAUGUUCUGUCUACACAAGAACUCGUACCUGCAACUGGUGUGCGCGAUGAACCCUCGGGUGAUCAACAAGGCUGUCGACCAGGCCAUGCAGAGGAAACACUUCGAUCCACACACUGAAUUGCCUCCAGCUCAAAGACUGGAAUCCAUGCAGCCGUCGCUCUACGCCCCACACGUGGACAUCACCAGAGCGCGGCUGGGCUUCGGACGCGUGGGUCUUAGGAUCAUCAACCGAGAUCUCCAUAACCCAGACCAAUUGGUGCAGCUCCAAGCUUUGCACACCAUCAUGGAUCAGGUGCAAAUAUCAGAAAACGCCAUAUUCCUAAUCAACUUGCACGUGGUGUACCGCCUCAUAGAUCUGAUGCUGGACCGCGACCCGAUCAUCCGAGAGAAAGUCUGUCUCACUCUCACACACCUGGCUUCAUACUACCAAGGGAGACAGAGGAUCAUGUCUCGUGCUGACAUUGUGAGCAACCUGAUGAGGCUGAUCAUGAGAGACAGAAAGGAGAUACGAUAUGCAGCGUCAUAUACACUGAGGACUUUGGCAAGGGACAGAUGUGCCUGUGAAAUGAUUGUGGAGAACAACGAUAUCAUCGAAGACUUGUUGAAGAUGAUCAAGAAUGAUCAUACAGGGAUAGUGGUGCUCCAUUUGAAGACGUUGGCCAAUCUUGCUGAGUGGGAUCCGGUUCGGCCUUUGAGAGCUAAUGCUUUUCAGGUGAUGCUCAAACUCUUCGACAAUCCUGACCCAAGAAUCGUCAGCGGGGCCAUGGACUGCAUGAGCCAGCUCUGCAAGCACGAGAUCGGCAUGAAACUGGCCGACGACAACGACCUGACCUUCGUCCUUCGUCAAUUCAUCGCUUCCCCGGAGAUAGAAGUCAUCAUCAGCGCUGUGGGUCUCAUGGCAUAUACAACCUUGACUACCCGCUCAAAAUGGCGGGCGAAAGAACGUUGUGCUGAGAUCACAAAGCGCCUUGUCCAUUUAUGUCACAGCCCGAACAAACCGCUACUACAGUUGCGUUGUAUGCAAGUGCUAAUCAACCUUUGCGACUGUCCAGACAUUAGAUACCACAUGAAGAUGCAUUGGGAGAAGAAGGUGAUUGCGAUAAAGAUAAGAACGCACGAGGAAUGGGACGGCACGUCCGAGACGACCAGUUAUGGGUUGGAGACUGGUCACAACUAUAGGACGAUGUGUAUAGAGAAGGUGGAGUGUAUCAAGAAUGAUAUUGGGGAUAAUCCGUUGGUGGUGAACGUGCAUAGCUAUUUGAGGAGAGUCGGCGAGGUAAAGGAGCAUUUGAUUAAAGCUAUCAACUGGAAAUCUUAUAGAGAUUAGAGAUUUAAAGUGAUAUCAAUAUUAAAAUUUUGAUAUCACUUUACAUUUUCGUUAAUAGUUGCAUGACAAAAAGUACAAAUUCCAGAAUUACUUUGAAUCUUGGACAUAAGACGUAAUGCUGGAGCAAAAUUCGUGUUUUUGUGGUGGAUUGACUUGGAUUGCGAACUACCAGACAAAGUAGCUUCGUUUCUUAUACAAAAGGGACAAACAAAGUUACUUCGCGACUUCUAACCAAAUCUAGAAAUGUUACCUACAUAUAAUUGUAAAUAUUGAUUUAUAAUAUUUUACUAUAAUCACAAUGAAACAUUAUUAUUUAUUUAUAAGCAUGUUUAUUCGUUUUCGAACAAAAAUUACAAUAAUAUUACACUAAUUGAGCUACAUUUGGUUUGUUUAAAUACACAGUGUUUUGUGCCUCGUGGCGGACUUAAAGCUAUGACGUCAGUCGUUCAGCCUACAUACGCACCAAGUAUUCUAACGGCGAUGUAAUGAGAAUCAAUAAAUAAGUGCCCACAACAAUAAUGUUGUCAUAAGAACAUAGAUUUUUAUGUAUACUACACUAGACAGGUUAGCCUGUAAAAUUCCUCACAAAGUUACUGUCUAUUCCAGUUUAUUUAUCGACAACCAAUAUGAAUAACAUUGUAACUUAAGUUACACGUUUGUGCAACUUUAUCUCAUAAAUGGACUAGACUUGCUGUUGUAAACGUGUUUUCAGUUACAAUGUUAUUCAUAUUGGGUGUCGAUAUGUAUUUCCUUUACAACUUUUUGCUUGAGAGCAAGCGAGAGCUGCGCUAUAAUACGAUUUUAAUUCUGAUCAGCUAUCUCGUAGUAUACAUAAAAGUCUUGUACAAAAGUACGAAACUUAUUUGACCAAAGUAGACCUUGGAGUAAUAUUUUUAAGGCCGAAACACACCAAACAUAAAUAUUUAGUUUCAUAUAAUAUUUACAUAAUAAUUACAAUCAGAUAACAAUCAGCGUCAAAUAGUCCGUGACAUCUAAAGUAGCCAAAAAGUUCGCAACACAUCUUUGUUACAAUGAGGGUUUUCGCGAAUGAAAGAUCCGCUAGAUGGCGGGACGUGGAUGUGGGGUCUGCUGCGUGAUUGGUGGAUUUUGACAUAUCUGUCAAUGUCAUGUCAAAAAUAACCAAUCAUGCAGCAUUUGGACCUCGCGUCUACGUAUUGCCAUCUGGCGGAUUUUUCAUUUGCGAAAACCCUCAUUGGAAUAAGAUUGUGUUGUCAACUUUUUGGCCACUUUGAACACGAACUAUUUGACCCUGACUGUAUACGUGUACGUAUACGCAUACAAACCCGGUGUGUUACAACCUUUAGGACCGAUUAUAUUCAAUCGCUAGAUAACUAAACUGCACAAUAACAAAAACAUAAAUCAUAAAGUUAUCUAAAUAAAAUACAGUCCUAAGUAAAAAUAAAAUUCCACAUUCUACUUUAGUCAAAACAGCAAUGAUUUCUAAAUGUCCUGAUGUCAAAUAUUCCAAUAUUUACAUAACAAUACCUAAAUAUUAAAUAGGUACUUAGCAUACGACUAAAUUAUCAUAAUUAAAAACUAUUUGCAUUGUCUGUGCGAUGCGUACUCCAGUUUUGUAGUAUUUAAGUACAAAUUGAAGUGCAUAAAGUAUAGUAUAUGACGAGUAUACAAAAAAAUACUUGAGUAUAUUUAAUACAUAAAUUAAUAAUCCACUUGGUAUACAAGUGUGCUUGGAAGCGCUAUGUUUAAAAUAUAUCGAAAGAUUGGAGCCAUUUAUACGUAUCUAAUAGACAGAAAACAUCUAUUUAAAUAUCUAAAAUAGGGAUGAUGACUGGGUAAUGGAAUCGAAAUUCUAUUUAGUCUGUCAGACAGAUAAUAAAAAAAUUUGGACACAUAAGUACAUAUACUUACUUAUUUUCAUAAUCGAAUAAUUACAGUACUAUAUUGAGUUGAAAUGUCGCGUGACGUCACUUUUGAGUAAAAAAUCUCAAGCGUGACGUAACACGCCAUUUCAACUCGAUGUAGCACUGUUAUUAUUUAAUUAUGAAAGAAAAUAAAAAUUUGGGUCUAAUAUUUUCUAAUUAUCUCAGACAAAUGUCCGUCAGACAGAUAAUUAGAAAAUAUUAUACCCAUAUUUUUGUAAUUGAAAUUUUGUCAUCUAGCCUAUUAUCUAACACUGACUGUCCCAUACAUAUAUCUUUUGCUAUUGUGCCCUGUGACUCACCUAACCAUAAACAACUCUUAAACCACAGACAAAUGCGCUGUUCUCAAUUUGUGGUCUCCUUCGAUUCUAUAAUUUAUGCUAUUGUGCAUCCCACUACCUCGCUUACACUAUGGCACAGGCAAUCUUACAUUAAUUUCACUAUAUUUUGAUAAAA